CCCUUGAUAGGCGCAUAUCCAUCCAUGACAGCCCUUUGUCUCCUUGUGUUAAACCAUCCUGACCGCCAUGGUUGUCAUUACGAAUAAAGACAACACUCGCAGCGUCUCGAAAGCUGAACAGGUUGCAGGGCUUCAUAACCAGCAUGAGUUCGACCCUCCUCCUUCGUACGCCAGCGCGGCCAGCGAUAGCUUACGCAACCGCGACUUGCCUCCCACUCCAUCCGACUCUCUUCCUUCACCAUCCACACCCACUACUCCAAGCCAAUUGACUCGGCAAGCGAGCUCUGCGCGUCAGCUAUUCAAACCGACGAACUACUUUUACCUAUCCGAAUCACACAAGUCCAUCAAAGGCUCGUAUGCGAUAGACCCAUUCCUCGCGCUUCCUCUAGCGUUGCUCCCUGCGCUGCCGGCUGGUGAACCCGAAAGCUCGCGAAAGCAUCUCAAGUGGACUGUAGGGCAUGGGCACGUCAAGACAGAUGUCACUGUUGUCGGGCGUGAGGUUCAGGGAGAGCUCGAUGUGAGCCUCGCUGAGGGGCGCAAGAAGGUGGACAUGGAGGUGGACACGAGUCAUGGGAAUAUUGAGCUUGUGCUGCGCACGAUAGGCCGUCUCCCACCUCUCCAUCUCUCGGUGCAGUGUAGGCACGGCAACAUGUCUGUUGCGAUCCCGCGCACUUUCGAGGGGCUGCUGCGCGUUGAGGCGGGCACGCACAGCAAGUUCCGGAUGUCGGAUGAACUUUGGGCGGCGUGCACGUCACUCGGUCAGGUGCACGGCCAGGGAAGGUGGUUUGUCGGGGAUGUCGCAGCUCUCGUUGAGGCGCAGGAGCAAGAGCCAACAACAGUGGAGGGGGCCGAGCAGGUGACCGAGCUUAUGGCUGGAGAGACUGGCGACCAUGACAACAAUGAUAUGGGUGAAGACGCCGGCACGGAACACCUAGACGAAGAUGACUCUCACACUGUCACCGGCGAAGCUCGUGGGCGCAAAGAACAAGACGAACGUACAAGUUUCGGUCGAGGAGCAGGCCGGGGAAGUGGUAGAGGUUGGCACAGAGGCCGGGGUACAGGCAGAUUUGCCGACAGAGGCGGACGUAGAGGCGGACCUGGUUUUGGGGGACGAGGACGGGGGCGAGGCAGGGGAAAGUGGGAUGACCGCUCGCGGUCCAGGUCGAACUCUCGUUCUCACAGAGAUAAUAACUCGCGCUCUCGCUCUCGGGAGAGGUCUCGAGAGCGGCGCAACCCCGAUUUCAAGAUGACGUCUGGGUCGCAGUCGCGCAAAGGAGGAUCUGGAGACGCGAGACUCAAAGGUGAUGAUGACGACACUCAAGAGAAGGAGGAUUGGGCGGGCGAUGAAGUCACUCUCCUCGGCAAACACGCUAGGAUCUGGAUCGAAUUUGAAGGCGAGAAGAUGAAGGACAAGGGUAAAGAAAAAGAAAAGGAGAAGGUGGGCGAGAAGAAGGAAGGGUUCUUCGAGCGCAUAUUUGGGCGGACGAAGAGCGAAAAGCAGGAUAAGCAGGGGUGAAGGUGAUCAAUCGUCUCAAGUUGUGUUGCCAUUUUGUCUAACG